AGGAAUUUGUCAAAUAGGAACGGAUUGCACCUUCAGUUGAACAAUAUUCACUGGGUGGAAUUUUUAAUGCGUAGAAUCAGUUUGCCAUGUUUCCAUAAGUAAAAGAUGGAUAUGCUCCCAUAGAAUAGAAUGAAGACAAACACAGAGAUGGUGUGUCUGAGAAAUUUCAAAAGGUGCAGGCCUCCUGAUUGAAGCACAAUAAAGUUAUUAGAUUCUUUUUUUUAUUUAUAUUCCUGUACACCUUCAAGGGGAAGUCAUGAUUACACUAACAGAGCUAAAAUGUUUAGCAGAUGCCCAGUUAUCUUAUCACAUCCUCAAGCCAUGGUGGGACGUCUUCUGGUAUUACAUUACCCUCAUCAUGCUGCUGGUGGCUGUGCUGGCUGGCGCGCUCCAGCUCACACAGAGCAGGGUUCUCUGCUGUCUCCCGUGUAAAGUGGAAUUCGACAAUCACUGUGCCGUGCCUUGGGACAUCCUGAAAGCCAGCCUGAAUGCUUCUUCUGAUCCUGAGAUGACGCUUCCACUGCCUCUCAGAAUCCAGAAUGACCUCCACCGACAGCAGUACUCCUAUAUCGAUGCCGUCUGUUACGAGAAGCAACUCCACUGGUUUGCCAAGUUUUUCCCCUAUCUGGUGCUCCUGCACACACUCAUCUUUGCAGCAUGCAGCAACUUUUGGCUUCACUAUCCCAGCACAAGUUCCAGACUGGAGCAUUUUGUGACCAUCCUACACAAGUGCUUUGAUUCUCCCUGGACCACGCGUGCCCUGUCGGAAACGGUGGCCGAGCAAUCAGUGAGGUGCCUGACUCUCUCCAAAUCCAAAGUGUUGCUUUCAGCCUCCGGAUGUUCCGCGGAGGUCGAUUCCAGCAAGCAGUCCCUGCCUUACCCACAGCCUGGCAUGGAGUCAGGUGGCAUCGAAAGUUCAAAUUCCAGUGUCCUGGACAAGAAAGAGGGGGAGCAGGCCAAAGCCAUCUUUGAAAAAGUCAAAAGGUUCCGCCUGCACGUGGAGCAGAAGGACAUCAUUUACAGAGUGUAUCUGAAGCAGAUCAUUGUCAAAGUCAUUUUGUUUGUCCUAAUCAUAACUUACGUUCCGUAUUUUCUAACCUACAUCACUCUUGAAAUAGACUGUUCCGUGGAUGUACAGGCUUUCACAGGAUAUAAGCGCUACCAGUGUGUCUACUCAUUGGCCGAAAUCUUUAAGGUCCUGGCUUCUUUUUAUGUCAUUUUAGUUAUACUUUAUGGUCUCACCUCCUCCUACAGCCUGUGGUGGAUGUUGAGGAGUUCUCUGAAGCAAUAUUCCUUUGAGGCACUAAGAGAAAAAAGCAACUACAGCGACAUCCCCGACGUGAAGAACGACUUUGCCUUCAUCCUCCAUCUAGCUGAUCAGUAUGAUCCGCUCUACUCCAAACGCUUCUCCAUAUUCCUGUCAGAGGUCAGUGAGAACAAACUCAAACAGAUCAACCUCAAUAAUGAGUGGACAGUGGAAAAACUGAAGAGUAAGCUUGUCAAAAAUGCCCAGGACAAGGUGGAAUUGCAUCUUUUCAUGCUAAAUGGUCUUCCAGACAAUGUCUUCGAACUCACAGAGAUUGAAGUGCUCAGCUUGGAGCUGAUCCCUGAGGUGAAGCUACCCUCCUCAGUUUCGCAGCUGUCCAACCUCAGGGAGCUGCACGUAUACCAUUCCUCUUUGGUUGUAGAUCAUCCUGCGCUUGCUUUUCUGGAGGAGAAUUUAAGAAUCCUCCGCCUGAAAUUUACUGAAAUGGGGAAAAUUCCACGCUGGGUGUUUCACCUUAGGAAUCUCAAAGAACUCUAUCUGUCAGGCUGUGUGCUCCCUGAGCAAGUGAAUACCUUACAGUUAGAGGGUUUUCAGGACUUAAAGAACCUGAGGACCCUCUACCUAAAGAGCAGCCUGUCCCGGAUUCCACAGGUUGUUACCGACCUUCUCCCUUCUCUGCAGAAACUCUCCCUCGAUAAUGAGGGAAGCAAACUGGUUGUAUUAAACAACUUGAAAAAGAUGGUCAAUCUGAAAAGCCUCGAGCUGAUCAGCUGCGACCUGGAACGCAUUCCACACUCCAUUUUCAGCUUGAACAACUUGCAUGAGUUAGACCUCAAAGAAAAUAAUCUUAAAACUGUGGAAGAGAUCAUUAGCUUUCAGCAUCUCCAGAAUCUUUCCUGCUUGAAGCUGUGGCACAAUAACAUUGCUUAUAUUCCCGCCCAGAUUGGGGCAUUAUCUAAUCUAGAGCAGCUUUCCUUGGACCAUAACAAUAUUGAGAAUCUGCCCUUGCAGCUUUUUCUAUGCACCAAACUACACUAUUUGGAUCUGAGCUAUAACCACCUGACCUUCAUUCCAGAAGAAAUCCAGUAUCUGAGUAAUUUGCAGUACUUUGCUGUGACCAACAACAAUAUUGAGAUGCUUCCUGAUGGGCUGUUUCAGUGCAAAAAACUGCAAUGUUUACUUUUGGGGAAAAAUAGCCUGAUGAGUUUGUCUCCUCAUGUGGGUGAACUGUCCAACCUUACUCAUCUGGAGCUCAUUGGUAAUUACCUGGAAACACUUCCUCCUGAACUGGAAGGAUGUCAGUCCCUAAAGCGGAGCUGUCUGAUUGUCGAGGAAAGUUUGCUCGCUACUCUUCCCCUCCCUGUAACAGAACGUCUGCAGACUUGCUUAGACAAAUGCUGACCUAAAGGGAAAAUGAUCUUUCAAAGUAAUCCCCAGGGCUUUAAGUAAUGAAAAUUUCCCAAGCAAGGAAGAUAAACUGGAUACUAAUUAUUACUACAACGAAUGUGUUAUAAAAGCAUCAAUGACUAGCCCUAAAUUAAGCAGGUAAAAAGUGUUAACGCUGAACUAACUGAAGUCUUGUGAAUUAUUGCUCUUUAAUUUAUUGAGAUGUAAGAAGUUCACUUUGAGGUUGGAAGGGAGGGAAUCAUGAAAUUAUGGAAUCUCUUGCUUAGGUUUUUACUUCCUCUCCUAGGCCCCUUAAUUGUACGACUGUUUUAAAGACUUUCUGUUUUGAUAUCAAUCACCAUGGCCAUAAAUUCAUCAAUGUACAUUUUCUUUCUGUAACUGCACCACUGUAUUUGAUUUAUGUUCUUAAGCAUUUUUAGGCAGGGUGCAUUGUGAUUGGCAGAAUUCUUGGCUUCAUUUUUACUUGGUUCCCCUGUUUUCUUGAGUUUUCCUUGAUCUAGUUUCUUUUGAUACCAAUGAGAAAGUGCCUGUCUUUGGAAUAGAACAGCAACAGGCUACUUAGGGCAUGUCACUCCAGUGGAAUCCUGAAAGUGAAUGAGGUCUCUAAAACAUCAUCUUGUGUGUCAUCAGUCUUUUUUUUUAUUUGCUAAUAAGUUUUAUAUUAAAUAGAAAAUAUAAAAAUAUUUUAUUGCAUAUUGAGUCCAAAAAUCUAUAAUAAUUUUUAUAAGGUACAACAAAUUCAUUUAAGAAUUUACUAUUCAUACUUGGUUUGGCUGCAUAUGAUACUUAUACUUGUAUACAUUAUGCUCCAGAAUGUUUUUGUACUCUGUAUCUAAUUACGUUAAAAUGAUAAAAGACUUGUGUUUCCUGCUUUCAACUACUUGGGGGCUUUUCCUUGCCCUUACUCCUUUUCUGGUUACUGUACGACUACAAUAUUUCAUUAUUUCAAAAAACUGAUUGCAGAGAAAAGAACAGAUUGGAAUUUGUAGCAUUUAUUGUCAUGGUUCGUAGCAACUAAGCAAGAAUUAAAGCAAAAUGCUUUCAUCUAUCUGCAUGAUCUCUAGAUAUGAUUCUAAGGUUUAACACCGCUUCUAUUCAGUGUUUUCUCAAAGCUCACAAUGAAGUAGAUCCACUCAGCUGAAAUUCAUCUCAUGCCUUUUUCUAGCUUUACCGGAAUACAUUUUCAUUUUCCCCUUUUAUUUUAUAAAGAGCUUUGUGUUUGGCCCUUUUAUUAUGCAUAUUGUAAAAUGAGUAAAAACAGCUCUUGUGGGGGAAAUGUACAUAUUAAUGUGUUUUUCCUCUGAUGGGUCUCACAUUUGGGAUAUGAUGAUGGUGUU